AUGAGUGAGUCAAGUGUCAGUUCAUCAGUAACGGAUUCCACAAAGUCGAAUGACGAUACAACAAGGGACACAGUCGAUUCGAUUCGUCUCAAGAAAUCUUCCUCUCGUGGUUCACUAGCAAGUAUUAACUGGAAUGUCGAAUCGUCAAGUUCUGGUACUGAUCUAGAUAUCGAUAAACUCGAUCUUAAAUUUCAGCAACUAGCUCUGGAUUACAAAUAUAAUAUAUCAGAGUUGCGCAAAAAUCCUAAUAAUAAAGAAUUACGCAAAGACCUUGAUGAGAUUAUGAAAAGCUUAUCACGUAUUAAAGAGUGGUCAUCUUUAUUGGGAACAGAAGAUGGCAUAGCUAUAGUAAAAGAAGGCAUGAAAAAACAACGUGAAAAUGAAGUUAAUCAACGAAAGUAUGAAAUUGAUGAAGUGCUCAAAUUGGCUAAGGCUCAAUCGGCUAUUGACGUCUGUUUUCUAAUGGAUUGUACGGGUAGCAUGUCCGAAUACAUUGAUGCAGCAAAAACACGAAUUCAUCUACUUACUAAUACUAUCAUUCAAUUAUAUGCUACAAAACCUCGUCUCGCUGUCGUUGGAUACAGAGAUAUUGAUGAAAAUAUAGAAAAACUUGAUUUUACUGAUGAUAUAAACAUGUUCAAAACCUUUUUAGAUCAAGUAGAAGCAACCGGUGGUGGUGAUACAUGUGAAGAUGUAUUCGGUGAGUCUACAUUUGGUUUUGCAAAGCAUGAUUAA